AUGGCCACUAGGGUUAACAAAGGUCGACAAAAAAUAGAGAUGCGCAGAAUUAAAAAAGACAGUAAUCGACAGGUUGCAUUCUCCAAAAGGAGGUCUGGCGUUUUCAAGAAGGCUAGUGAGCUUUGCAUUCUUACUGGUGCUGAGAUUGCCGUGAUUGUGAGUUCUCCUGGCCGGAGAGCAUUUUCUUUCGGUUAUCCUUGUGUGCAAGCAAUCAUUGACCGCUAUGAGAAUAUGAACUCUCCUAUACCUGACAAUGACAAUACUGAUCAACUCAUGGAGGUUGCACGCAGAAGACAAGUGGACGAUCUCACGAUGGAGUUAGCUGCUAUCAAAGAGGAAAUAGAAAAAGAAAAAAUGAAAGGUGAGCGGCUUAAUCAAGAGCAAAUGACUCGCGAAGCUCAAGACUGGUACAAGAGGUUCAUUGACAAAACUAACGACGAAGAACAACUCAAUUUUUAUGGAAAUAUGUUAAGAGAGCUAAGCGGUAAGGUCACCAAAGAGUCGGAGGUGCUGCGUCAAAAACAAGUUGAGUUACUGUUGCAAGACGCUGCAAUGACGACUACUAGGGCAUUUAGGGACUUCAUGCACUCAAGGGCACCCGCUACUUGGCCGACUUACGAGGGCAAUUCAUCAAGCCACAAUGCGAUGAAUCCUCAAGGUCCUAUGUCUCAUCCUCCUCCUCUUCCUCCUCAUGCCGGACCAUGA